GUUUGUUGCCAGUAACAACGACGCUUCCUCCAAGGCAGCAAAUACACUUUCCUCUUUUACUAUAAACGGCGCAUUCGACCUACUCUCCUUUCCUUUUUAAAGACACAUUCACAUCAUGCCUCGACGAAAGAAGAACAGCAGCGCGACCGCCGAUAAACCUUCAGAUCCGCCUAGAAGAUCAACUAGGACAUCAAGGAAAACCUCUUUUUUUGAUGAUGACCCUUUAGACAACGCCGCUACACAAAACCCUACCCAUAUUGAGAAUCCUGAUAAAUCUAUUGAAAUGAAAGAUUACCAGGAAGAAGAGAAAUCCAAUACCAUCAAUGUUCGCUCUACACCCGCCAAGUCGCCGAUUGAUGAUAGUCCACCGACUACGGACAAUGGUAACCUCCCUCAGAAACGCCGAGUUAAAUUCAUCUCCACCCCAAAGGAGUCAGAAGACGUAAUCAUGCGUGACGCCGGUCAAGAUGGAGAAGCAGAUGAACUUUCCAACGACAGACCUGCUUCAAAGAAAGCGAAGGGGGCAGUUAGGGAACCACAGAGAAAGGGCAAAUCAAAAUACGAUAACCCUGAGGAAAUGUUGACCAACCCCCGAGCCCCUCUAGCUAAUGUCAAUCUCCGAGAUCUAUUGUGCAGUCGCAAAGCAUGGGAAAUUCUAAGUCCAGAAGAGAAGGAACGAGUAUUAUCCAAAUUCCCCACCGACGGGAAGGAGAUCCUCGACAAAGGAACCGAGAACGCACGACCCAACAUCCCGUCGCUGCAAAACAACGACAACUUCCGCAAUGACAUCAGCCAGUACCAGGAGCACCUACGCAAAGGAUGGCACGACCCGGAAUGGAUCAGGCAAGCUCAGGCCGCUCAUGCAAAGCACAUCGUAGGUGCCUACAACGAAUACCUCGAUGCACGUUUCGAAGACGACUGGGGUAUGCCGCCGCCGUUAUCCGAUGAGCAGACUCAAGAGCAGCCCGGAAGCACUAUAGUUCCCCUCACAAAGGAAGGAUUGGAGCAGGUGUUCGGCAAGAAGAAGAAGCGGCGAAAGGGUAAACUUCAUCGGCGUGUUGAGCAAAUGGACACGAUCGCUGAGGAGGAUGAAGCAUCUCGUAACCAUGAGCCCAUGGAAGGAGUAGAGGGGGAAGCAGACCAGGCUGUCGCCGCGCCCGAGGAGGUCGUCCCGAUGGAAAAGGCGAGUGACGACGACUCGUUAGUAGCUCAUGAUGGACAUGGAAAAGACUCGACACCGUGAGGGGGCCAUUUAGACAUUAUGGAUCUGAGAAAUGAGCCUAUGAAAUAAAACGCAAUGUGUUCUAGGCGAUAAUGAUGAUCAUAAAACGAUAUUCUCAUGAAUUUAGAGGUUCACGUAUCUCCUUAGCUCGAGUCCACUGGAAUGUGAAGUA